CUUACCUUGUGAGAGGAUCAUCAAGGAAGAAAAGUGGACACCCGAAAAAGUGGGGCUCAGUGGACCUCACCGUGAUGGAAGUUGCUGUCCGCGGUGCUGAAGUGGAUCCCCAAACCCCUCACAAGGCCGUGAUUGAAAAGGACACCCAAGUUUCCAUUUAAUUGUGCCUUCUCAUCACAAUCAGGUAAGUAAAUAUCUUAUUCAUCCUUCACCAUGCUUCUGUUAGUACCGUUGGGGGAUUUAAAAAAUUACAUGAGACAAUCAAGGAUCAGUGCAAGUCAAUACACACACACACACACACACAUAUAUAUAUAUAUAUAUAUACACAUAUAUAUGUACAUAUAUAUACACAGGUAUAUAGUGUAUACUUACAGUAUAUACAAUAUAUAUGUAUCUAUACAUAUACUGUAUAUGUAUAGAUACAUAUACUUUAUGUAUAUAUAUGUACUGUAUGUAUUUAACGCUCCCUCUCUAACAAUGACAGCCUUUUUUUUUUUUUUACCAAUUUAGUAACAUGUUUAAUAUAGGUGGUGAAAUGAUGCAAACUGCACAUGCCAGACUGUUUCUAAUUCUCGCCUAAUUCUAAUGGGAAUUUUCUCUUGGAGAUUAAUUAAGUAUUCAGAUGUCUAUCCGAUUUCUAACUAGUAAUUCUGUGACAUAAAGCCAUCUCUCUUUGUACAGCUUUUUUUAUUGGAUUUAUUAGAUUGUGCAAGUAGCCUAUACCUGAUCAUGUGGCCUGUGGCACGUAUCCAGCAAAAACAAGUAAAACAUUGCACGUCGAAAAGUUAUUAUGUAAUUUUUAAAUAGCUGCACAUGUGAAUUAUUAGUAAAUAAUAAUUUAAAAAAAACAAUUGACUGCAAUACACAUCUAAAAUUAUGUACAUUCUUUUAUAUCUAUUAUAAUCUUACUGCAUUUGAAAGUUGAAACUAUUAAUAUGAAUAACGAAUGCAUUUCGACAUUGCAAAUAAACUGGUAAUAAUUUUAAAGCAAAAUAAUUUCAAACAGUGCAAAUGUAACCACUAUCCUCAAAUGCACUAGUAAUAAUAAUGCCAGUCACUAUAUAUACUGCAUAUAUGUUAAAUAUUUAAAUUAAUGCACCAACUCUUCCUUUGCAUGCAUCGUUUCAACACACAGUGGUGCACAAUGCCGCCUGUUGCCAGUAUUGUAUAGCUGAAGGGAGGUAGCUGUGCUGUUUUGGAGGAGGGGAUAUCCGCAGGGUGAGGUGACACCCUCUGGAACAACACCUAAAAAAAAAAAAAAAAAAAAAAAAAAGAGUAUCAAAGCGGCGCACAGACGCUGUCGGGCUGUGAUGUUGCAGCCUUGGCACUGCAAAGCAUGCGUAAAAGCGCGCACAUUAAAGCAGAGAGAGCAACAGGCUGCAGGCCACACAUUCAUGGGUUGCUGAGCAAAAUACACUUUUUGCAAAGAGUUUAUUUCAAUUUCAGAGUUUUUUGCAAGUUAAGGACAUGGGCAGGAUCCUCAAGAUGGCUCUUAGGUUGGAAGAGAGCGGCGGAGAGGCUCUGACGGCCCUUUUGUUGUCGUGUGUCACACUCUUGCUGUCCUUCCAAGUGCGUCGUUGGCUCCAGCAGCGCCCGGGCUCGUGUGUCCCGGGCCCCUUCGCCUGGCCCAUUAUCGGCAACGCGGUGCAACUCGGCAGCGCGCCGCACUUGUACUUCAUGCGCAUGGUGAGGAAAUACGGCGACAUCUUCCAGAUUCAACUGGGCUCUCGAACCGUGGUGGUGCUGAACGGGGACGCCAUCAAGCAGGCGCUCAUCAAACAGGGGUCGGAGUUUGCAGGGAGACCCAACUUCGCCUCUUUCCAGUUCAUCUCCAACGGGGACGGCUUUGCCUUCAACACCACGUCGGAUUGGUGGAAGAUGCACCGCAGGGUGGCCCACUCCACUGUAAGGAUGUUCUCCACGGGGAACCAGCUGACCAAAAAGACAUUCGAGCAGCACAUCCUCUGUGAGUUUAAAGCACUUCUGCACCUUUUUCUGGCCAAAACCCAGGAACAGCAGCUCUUCGAGCCCAUGACCUACCUGGUGGUGUCCACUGCCAACAUCAUGAGCGCAGUCUGCUUUGGGAAGAGGUACCCCUACGAGGAUGAGGAGUUCCUGCAGGUGGUGGGCAGGAACAACCAGUUCACGGAGACUGUGGGCGCAGGGAGCAUCGUGGAUGUGAUGCCCUGGCUCCAGUAUUUCCCCAACCCCAUCAAAACCAUGUACGAUAACUUUAAAACCCUCAACCGGGAGUUUGGAGCCUUUAUUCUUGACAAAGUGAAGGAGCACAGGAAAACCAUGCAGUUGAGCACCAUUAGGGACAUGACCGAUGCUCUGAUUGUGGCCGUGGACAAACUGCACGAUCAAAGUGGCUACUUACCAGAGAAGGACGUUGUGCCUGCCACUGUUGCAGAUAUAUUUGGUGCAAGUCAAGACACACUGUCAACAUCCCUGCAAUGGAUCAUUCUCAUCCUUGUCAAGUACCCUGAGUUGCAGCUGCGUCUCCAGGAAGAAGUGGACAAGGUGGUGGACCGCAGCCGUCUCCCGUCCAUCGAGGACCAGCCUCAGCUGCCGUAUGUCAUGGCCUUCAUCUACGAGGUGAUGCGCUUCACCAGCUUCGUGCCGCUCACCAUCCCUCACUCCACGACCACGGACACCUCCAUCCAUGGAUACACCAUACCAAAGAACACAGUUGUCUUUGUAAACCAGUGGUCCUCCAAUCACAACCCCACCAUCUGGUCAAAUCCGGAGAAGUUCGAUCCCCAGCGUUUCCUGCACCCCAACGGUGAUUUGAACAAGGACCUGUGCAACUUUGUGCUCAUCUUCUCUAUGGGUAAGCGGCGCUGCAUCGGAGAGGAGCUGUCCAAGCUUCACCUCUUCCUCUUCACCGCCCUGCUGGCCCACCAGUGCAACAUCAGCACAGACCCGGCCAAGCCACCCGGCCUCGCCUACACCUACGGGCUGACUCUGAAACCCAACGCUUUCUCCAUAGCUGUCUCGCUGCGGGAUGACAUGAGGCUGCUUGAAGAUGCGGCCAGUCAGAGUUUUGCUGAGGACAUGAAGGUAGAUCCCUCGGACUCCUAAAAAAAAAUUAAGACAAAUAAAAAGACACAAGAACUAAAUAUUUAUGAGCUGAAAUGUAUACGCCACAUGUUAAUUCCAAGGCGGGUGUAGAAUAAAACAUGAUUACCAAUGGCUAAUCUACAGCGAAUGUAUGUGUUAUUGGGACACACAGACACAUGACUCUGGACAUUGCAGAAAACACCUGCACUCAUCUAAGUGAAGGACGACAUGGAGGCGGCACUGGACAUCCUAAAGUGGUCCUUUUAUUGGAGUGCAUCUAGAUAAUGUCCACUUUACAGGAGUGCCCACUGGGGUAAAGACCUUCUCAUGCAAGCUCCUGCCUAACAGUGACUCAGUGUACAACCCGGCACAUGAGCUCAUAGAGCAUUUUUCAGCCCUGGACAUACAGUAUGUUGGGAUGUAUGACUGCUGACAUGUAAGAUAGGCCUACGUAAUGCCAAAUAUUGCCAAUAGUAAAGCUAUUUGAAAGCUACAAACAUGAUUAGCUUGUGAGCUGCUGUAUGAAUGCAUGCGAUUCAUUUGUGGAAACCUGCUUAUGUCGACAGACCGUCUACGUGAACCAACUCGGCAUGUUCACCGCAUUCUUCUUAUUACUAAAAAGUGCCCACUUAAGUCGACGUCGACAUAUGGUUGGCAGCUUUUGUCUACAUAAAGUUUGAGACGCAAAGGGAUCAUUUCUAUGACAACUCGGUUUUGUUUAUGUUGAUGUGUUGUACGAUUGUUAACUUCCUCAUUAUUGCAAAACAGCGUAAAACAGCAACAUGACUACUGUCAACUCUCAGGGCAUUUAAUAGAUCACAGCUGGGCUGUGUAGGUUGUCUUGGAAGACGUUUCGCAUCACAUCCAAGCUGAAAAGAGUGGAGGCAUCUACGUUAAAGUUGAGAAACCAUCAAAGUGUGAGGUCUACGACGCCACCUCUCCCCCACCUACAAUGCUGUCCUUUCUUAAAAGAUGUAGACAUUUAGCCUCUAACAAAUAGACAACCUUGGUUUCAGGCGUGUCCAUGACCACCAUUACAUCUGAAUGGAUUGCUAACGAUGGUGAUACCACCCAAACGACUGCCGUUGGCUGGCAGAGGCCCCAUUCAAUUGUAUCUUAACGACUGUCAUUUGACAAUACAAAAGAGCGAAACCGUUCUUGUCUGGACAUGCCCCCACCCAAGCGCCAAUCACUUUACUCUCCACUGUAGUGUGACUCACAUUCUACGUCCCGUGCUGGGAUAUACUGGCGACAGCAUCCUUCAGGAAUGAAGUUCUUGGCUGACGUAAUGAGGAGUUUGCAUAAGACUGAGUAGGCAUCGUCAGGGGUGGGGGAUAACGGUGGGGGAAGGCUGACUGCGCCCAAUUCCACCAGCUCUGUGAACUUGUUACAGUGAGUUUCGAGGAAGUCUUCCAGUGCAGUGCCAUCCAGGUUGGAGGAGUUACAGUAUAUCCCCGGGUGGUGCUGUGGCAGUUGAAGCGUAGAUGCAAGGGGGGACAACAGCAGGGAUGAUAUCUACAUGACGCUGGUGAAGGGGGAGGCUUGUAGAUGUUAAUGAUGGUGACUCCUUCAACAAGUGACAGACAGCGAGACAAGAGAGAGCACCAUCAAAUUUAGGAUGAAACCAUCAUUAACCAUUUUAUGUACUGUGAACUUUACAGUAAUGCACUUCCUAUCACAUUAAACCAAACAAUAUACUGUAACUUUAAAUUCCACCAAACAGCAAAUCGCUGGAGUAGCAGCAGAGUGCGAUCAGCAUCAUAACAAACCAAUGUGACUGGACACGCUCCUCCUCCUCAACUUCAUCAUCAUCACGUUCAUCGUCAACAUAAACGGUAAAUGGGCUUUCACUUGGCUUUUCCACUUCCAAGGCACUCAAAGCACGCUGACACAGUUAGCACAUUUACCUACUGAGCCAGGUCCAGUAGGAACAAAGGGGAAGUGUUUGGGAGAUCCAGCUGUUAUCUUCCCCUGACAGGGACAUCUCGUGCUUGAUCAGCCAGAGAUUUGCAGAGUGCAUAACAAAGUGUGAUAAAAGUACAGUAGAUGAUUCCUGAUAUGCUUGCCAUCAUGCUGCUUUUAUCACUGGCACAUUCAAGCUGAAGACUUCAUGCUGAGCCAGACAUCAUAGGCAGCCAUCCAUGUUGUUAAAGGCUCUAUCCCAGACUGCCUUCUUCAUAUUUAUGUCAGACGAUGUUAUAUGGCGGCAAAUUAAAUUUUUUUGGACAUGGAGGGUAGAAAGAACAGCAUCAGUAACGUCUACAAGUAUAUGUAGUGAAAGAAACGGCUGAAAUACGUCUGAAUUAUUAUCUAGUUAGCGUAUUCUAAAAGACCACGCUCCACCAAUCGCCUCAACGGUCGUAGCUCCCCGACAGGCCACAUCGCUUUGUUUUAGAUUUGGAUCAUGAUUAUCUUGGAAUACUAUUAUUUUGGAGUACCAUCACACUUCAAGGUCCUGCAUAAGAAACUUGCUGAGUUCCAUAAGCUGCCCUGCAGGACAUGGAGCGUGACGACGAGCGGGCUGCCUCCAUGAAACAUAUGAGUAUACAACAUGUCAUGGCUGUGAAAACAUGAUUUUUUUAAUCCUACUCUUGUUGAAGUGUUGUUGUGUUGUGUAUGGUGACUUCAGUGGGAUUAACGCUAAAAAUAGCAACAAAAACCCCCGCCAGAGUACCAUGUGAGAAACGGCAGCGGCUAGCCAAAGCUGGCUGUCGGAAAUUUUGAACAUGUCCAAACAUUGGAACAACUAGCGCCAUCUGUAAACCACCUUAAAAACAAAUUUAAAAACUCCAAAAAAAUGUACCUCUAUGUUUUUCCGACGGAAUUGUUAAAUGGCACAGUGGGACAGGGCCUCAAAGUGCUCAUGACACCAAAACACAUUGAUACUGUUAUCUUUUCAUCUAAUAUGGCUGGCUUUUCCUACAGACGGAGUACGUGCACACACACCAGUUAUUGGGUUUCACUUUUUCACACAGGGCCUUGUAGGUUUGGAUCUUUUUCUCCCUUAAUAAUAAAACGUUUCAU